AUGUUUGGCUUCUCAGCCAAACGUCAGAGAGAGCACGAUGGACUGCUCGAUCUCGACGAGAGCGCCAUUCAUGACAGGAAGAAACUUCGCCCUCUAGCCUUACACACUUCUCCCAAUACGUUCGAUCUACCCUCGGUCACUCCUAACGCUCAGCUUGCUCCUCAAUUUCGCCCUUCAGCUUUGACUCCCGUGGAAUCAUCAGACGACGACGAUAAUGAUGGUGAUCAUAAGUUCCCGAGUAACGGAACGGCAGAUGCUGCGUCCUGUGUGCAUCCACCUCAGCACGGCCUUCCCCCCUCUUCCCUCGCGAUAGAAACGGCAAUGGACGUCGAUGCUGGAAGAGAGAUACCACCCAUGAUCGGCGGAAACUUGUCGCACUGGCCGCCGAGUGUAUAUGGUAAUGGCAGUGUUCAACCGUCGCCCAUCCCACACAAUCUCGUCAACCAGUCACUGAACAUCAAUGGAGGACGUACACCAAUCACGAACGCUACUACCCCCACAUACGGAUAUCCUCUAGAAAACGGGCCGCCUGCAGAUCUCGUGGGAUCUGAUACGAUGGUAUCUACUGAUGAAAUGGUUUCAAAAAAUGCAAGCCUCGGAAAGAACCAUGAGACGGCUUGGUGGUGCCGUCAACGUCUCCCGAGUCCAAUCAGCGAAGACGGGAAUGCCCCAGUGAGCAGCGAUAAAGCCUCUCCAACGGAUGCUGAGAUGGCAUACAACUCAUCCCGUCCUGCGUCACCCCCUCUAUUCCACCAUCACGAGCAAAGGAACGAUUCCCCCAAAGAUCAGCCCCUAACAGGUCCUUGGAUGGAGACUGAGCCGUCGUCCAUGUCUAUUGAACAAACAAAGCAACCGGCCAACAACUCUCCUGGCAAGAAAAAGAUAACAUUUUCCAUGGGAUAUCGCGCUGAUUGUGAUAAGUGCCGUCGCAAGGUACCUGGCCAUUACAGCCACAUCAUACGUGCAUAG